GCUUGUUUUUCGGAGGGGCCCGAUGGUAUGGCCCAGCCCGUUGUGGUGCAGGCCAGUGUUUAUAGUGGCGCCAUCUUGCACUGGCUCAUGCUGCCCUCCCGGAGCUCAUCUUUAAUCCUAGAAUCUAGAGUCCGGGUUGAUGGGUGGUCUUCAGGACAGCAUGUGGGUAGUUUUAAGCCACUCGGCGGUGGUUGAAAAAUCCCAGCUUGGUGGCACCGGGCGGGGAUUGAACUCGCAUCGUCCCGAACGCGGCGCCGUCAUGCUGUCGACUCAGCCGCCGCCUCCCCAUGAUGUGGAUAGAGCUAAGAAGGAGUAUGCGAAGGAGAAGAAAAAAGCCUUGCGAACUGGAGGACGGCUGCCAGAAUCCGAGGAAGGGAACUCCAUCACGACAACGCUCAGAAUCCUGUCCGCCAUCAGUACAAGUAACAUUGGCACUGAUGAGAGCCAGCUCGUUGGGGACGCAGACACUAUGGACCCGGGCUGUGUGAAUCAGUUAAUCCCUCCUGCAGCUCCAUCAAGCACGCAGCCUAGCACCCCUACACCAACCCCUUCUUCAGUUGCACGAGAAAGCACACACUAUACGAGAAAACGGAAACACGCGAGGGCAUUUCCAUCAUCGCAGGAACAGUCAUCGAUGCAAGACUUCAUUAGUUUACAGAGAAGAGAACAUGAGAUGGAUGUGACACUCAGUCUAAAGAGAAAAGAACACGAAAUGGACAUGAAAGUAAAGGAAAUUGAGCUCCAGAUAAAAGAGGCUGAGCUGAGGUUAAGAGAGAAGGACGAAAAGAUUAAAGAUACAGACUUGAAAUUAAAGGAAGUUGAGCUGCGGAUUAAAGAACACGAGAUGCACAUGAAAGUUAAAGAAAUGGAAGUACAGAUGAAGGAGGCGGAGAUGGAUUUAAAAGACAAGAAUGAAAAGAUGAGAGAUGCGGAUUUGGAAUUAAAGGAAAUGGCGCUGAAGGAAAAAGAACUUGAAAUGAACUUGAAGGUCAAAGAACUGGACUUAGAGAUGAAAGAGGCAGAGUUGAGGUUGAAAGACAAGGACGGAGAAAUAAAAAACGCGGAUUUAAAACUUAAGGAAAUGGAGUUGAAACAAAAAGAAAAGGAGUAUUUAAUAAAAGAAAUAGUUUACCUGGAAACAUUGCAAAAUAAAUAAAUUCUAAAAACUUAAAGAAAUUGGAUUAAACGUAAAAAAAACAGAUGAUUUGAAGUUCAAGGAUAAAAUGCGGUGUUUUGAGAUGCUAAUUUAGAAAUGAAGGAAAUAG